UGGCUACCUGAGCCAUGUAUUGGUUGUACUGGAUGACGGCUGUCAACAAGCGCUCGUGAACGUCUGGCUCCGCGAAGAGCACCUAACGGCGUAAGCUCGCUGAGGAAUAAGAAGAGGAACUACAAGCAACGAGUGUUUGACAAAUGGUGUGGAGUAAAGCCUUGGCCCGCUGCGGGCUGGUGCUGCUCAGUUUGUGGCUGUGUAUCCACUCGGUGCCUAUCAGCGUGGAGAAGGCCAAAGACAAGCCAGAGGUGGAGCAGCUGGAGCCACCCCAAAGCGCUGACACCGGCCUGCACUAUGACCGCUACCUCAGGGAGGUCAUCGAGUACCUGGAGAAAGACCCCCACUUUAGAGAGAAGCUGAAAAACGCCAACAUGGAUGACAUCAAGCAAGGGAAACUUUCCAAAGAGCUGGACUUUGUUCAACACAAUUUUCGAACUAAGCUGGACGAGCUGAAGCGGGAGGAGAUGAGCAGGCUGCGGAUGCUGAUCAAAGCCAAACACGACCUGCGGGAGGGGAACGGGAACACACCGGACCACCAGGCCCUGCUGAAACAGUUUGAGCACCUCAACCACAUGAACCCACACACUUUUGAGGUGGAGGACCUGGAUCGCCUCAUCCAAUCGGCAACAAGUGAUCUGGAAAACUACGACAAGAAGCACCACGACGAGUUCAAGAGGUACGAGAUGACGAAGGAGCACGAGAGGAGGGAGCGCCUGAAAACGAUGAGCGAGGAGGACCGCAGGAAGGAGGAGCAGCACUACGAGGAGAUGAAGAAGAAACAUGCCAACCAUCCCAAAGUUAACCACCCUGGUAGUGAGGACCAGCUGAAGGAGGUGUGGCAGGAGGCAGACGGUUUGGACCCAGAAGACUUUGAUCCCAAAACCUUCUUUAAAAUGCACGACAGCAAUGGAGAUGGCUUCCUUGACGAGAGCGAGCUGGAGGCUCUCUUCACAAAAGAGCUGGAGAAGGUGUACGACCCUACGAAUGAAGAGGACGACAUGGUUGAGAUGGAGGAAGAGAGGCUGAGGAUGAGGGAGCACGUCAUGAACGAGGUGGACACCAACAAGGACAGGCUGGUGUCGCUGAGCGAGUUCAUAGCAGCAACCAAGAAGGAGGAGUUCCACGAAAAGGACGAGUGGGAGACUUUGGAUCAGAACCCCGUUUACACAGAGGAGGAGUUGAGAGAGUACGAGCGGCAACUCGCCAACGAGGAGAACGAUAUCAACACGAAGGCGGCGGAGCUGCAGAAACAGAGGGAGGAGCUUGAAAGAAAACAGGAGGAACUAAAUACCCAGAAGUUGGGGCUGAAGCAGGCAAUGGAUGAAAUGGAAAGGAUCAAAGGCCAGAGCUUAAAAGCUGAAGUAAAACAGUCUGGAGGCCCGAUAGCUGAGGGUAAGCCGGCACCAGUCGUACCAGGGAACACCCAACCACUGCCUCCUGGUCACCAACAGCAGGACGUACCAGUGCCAGGACACUCCUAGGCCCCGUCGCCCUGUCCGUUAUGAGUGAGCGUCUUUGUGUUUUCCCUUUUGUGAACCAACUUCUCUGUUUGGAAGUCCAAAACCUUCUCCUGAUUAAAGAAAAACAAAAACAGCCAAAGCAUUAGGAGCCCUCGAAGGAAGCUGAUUCACGGCUCAGAUUUAGUGCCAACCUUCCCUUUUCUGGCCAAAUCAGCUGAACUGAGCCAGAGUUUCCUUUAUGGACAAUUGGUUCUUUUGACUUGGUUAUUACAAACUUCCUUCACAGCAAGGACUCUGUGUCCUGUGUGGGAAAUCCUCGCCAGUGAAACAUGGGACAAAUUAAUGUUUUGGGCACUGUGAGAUCAUCUAUGGCAAAGACUGUAAACAUGUACUUUUGUUGUGAAGAGAUAAUCACUAAAUUAAUAUCAGUAUAGAACCAUUUCCGUUGAAAUUACUUCCUGUUUUACGCAUUACUGUUUUUUGUAGCCGUUGUGUCCUCUGGACUGGCUGACCGAAGAAAAGAUCCUCUCUACACUGUAUAUUUAAUUUUAACUUUUUACAACCGAUGUCAGGUUUAUGAUUUCUAACGUGGGUUUUUGUGUUUAGUGUGUCUGUUAUUGCUCAGAAGAGUUUGUGUUCUCAUGAUAAUUUAUUUAUUCUCUAAAUCUACUUGAAAUUAACCUUCAGAAGUUUAAAGAUAGACGAGAACAGUACGAGUUAAUUCUCAGGGGACUUUAGAUGCAACAGAUUGUUUUAUUUAAUCUUGAUUUUAUUUUUCUUAAACAAUUCAGCUAAACAGAAAACUGGUAGAACAGUUUUUUUUUUUUCCCAGUCCUGUGGAAUGACGUCAUGGUGUACAUGGUCUGAAUGUUGCUAAUAAAAUGAAUGAUCUUGCAA